CUGCUGCUGGGUCUGAUGGUCUACUAUCUGUGGAGGAAGAAGAAGGGUCGGAGUCGGUAUGAGGAGCUGCUCCCUACGGUGCCUUCAGUCCCAGCCUGCUCUGCUUCGGUCAUCCUGGUGUCUCAGGGCCCGUGGGCCACGCCCACAGAGAUCCCUUUCACCUUGCCUCCUCGCUUCACGGCACAAAACCAGGGCGAACUGAAAAAUGACAAGGAGAAGGAAGAAGAGGGGAUAAAGAUGGAGGCCCGGAGGGACAUACUAGCCCAUCGUGGAUCACUCUCAGUAAGCAGAUGGUACCCGGUGGGGACGGUGCUGGCUGGCCUCUACUCUGUCCCCCCUCUGAGCGAGGUGGUGGCCCCUCCUCCAGGAAUGGCCACCCGUCUCUGCUUCUCUGUGGAGUAUCGACACAGCAGCGAACAGCUCAUGGUCUCCCUGCUCCGCCUCGGUAACCUGCCUCCCCGCUUCCACGGCAACGUCACGCAGGUGGAGCUCCGGCUCCUCCCUGAUGACCGGCGGCCCCGCCAGGCCAAGGCCCGGGGCACGGGGCCCGACCCGGAGUUCAGUGACUGCUUCAUUUUUCAGGUGAGGUCGCAAAAGUUCAGAGAAGUUUUAAAGAGUAAAACGACACUCUCACACACUUCCUGUGCGUUUCCCCUGCAGGUGUCAGGAGUGUGUGUGCCUCUGAGCACUCUGAGCGUGUGCGUGCUGAGCGUGGAGCAGGACGGCAAACGCCACGCGGUGGGCAGGGUGCUGUUUCCUCUGGAGGGGGAGCUCGGUCAGGCGGGCAGGGUGCUGUGGAGGGACCUGGAGACGGAGGAGGACACUCAGCGUUCGGAGCUCGGUGACGUGCAGAUUUCCCUCAGCUACAGUCCGUCUCUGCAGCGCCUCUCUGUGGUGGUCCUGAGUGCUCGAGGCCUACAACUGCUCACGGACGCAGGUGUGUGUACCCAGGUGAGCCUGCAGAUGCACACCCAGGUGGUGAAGAGCAAGCGCAGCUGUGUGGUGAGAGGUGAGCAGGAUCCCUGUUUCAGCCACAGGAUGACCUUUAAACUCCGCCCGCAGCACCUGGACGAGGCCUGUCUGAGGUUCGAGCUGCAGCAGCCGAACGACGUCCGCUCAGAGCCUCCGGCCUUACUGGGAGUGCUGGUGCUGGGACCCUUCAUGUACGCCAGAGGCCCACAGCUGCAGCACUGGAUGGACAUGGUCAACACGCCACAGGAGCCAGUCAAACGGUGGCACGGACUGAGAAGGGCCACUUAACACCACAACCACACACACAAUGUAUAUGUACAAUUUUGAAGAGAAUAACAUUUAACAACAUUUACAGUCAGUUGUGUUAUUUUUAAUGGGUCAUAGAGGAAUGUUUCUGUAGCUCUGAAUGUCUUUCUUUCUUUCUUCCUCCAUAAUAGCAGCAAAAAGAAAAUGCACUCACAUAUAGGAACAAAACUUCUCUCUCAUCCAUUAAUGUGGCUGGCUGUCUUGAAUUAGGAAACUGGGAAUGCUGGAAAAAAAAUUAUAAGAAUUUGUUUAUUAGAAAACUUAAACUUAAUUUGAUAUCUUGUGCCAGGUUACACCUUUUUGGAGCAGGCUGGCAAAGUUAAAUUGAACAAUACUUUUUAAAGCAUAUUCUUUAUUUUACUUUAUUGCUUUGAAUACAUUUUAUGUUGUUUUGUAUGUACAUCUAUAUGCGAUUUUAAUAAAGAGUUUUCA